CCCUAGGCCUCCCACAGCCUACCAUCCGUGUACCUGCCCCCCCCAUCAGCUGUGGGCCAUUCGCCAUGGGUGGGUGCUUCUCCAAACCCAAGCCAGUGGAGCUCAAGAUCGAGGUGGUGCUGCCCGAGAAGGAGCGGGGCAAGGAGGAGCUGUCAGCCAGCGGGAAGGGCAGCCCCCGGGCCUACCAGGGCAAUGGCACAGCCCGCCACUUCCACGCUGAGGAGCGCCUGACCGCCCCUCACCCCUAUCCCGGCCCUCAGGACUGUGUGGAGGCCGCUGUCUGCCACGUCAAGGACCUCGAGAAUGGCCAGAUGCGGGAAGUGGAGCUGGGCUGGGGGAAGGUGCUGUUGGUGAAGGACAACGGGGAGUUCCACGCUCUGGGCCACAAGUGUCCACAUUAUGGCGCACCCCUGGUGAAAGGCGUGCUGUCCCGCGGCCGGGUGCGUUGCCCUUGGCAUGGUGCCUGCUUCAACAUCAGCACUGGUGACCUGGAGGACUUCCCUGGCCUAGACAGUCUGCACAAAUUCCAGGUGAAGAUUGAGAAGGAGAAGGUGUACGUCCGGGCCAGCAAGCAGGCCUUGCAGCUCCAGCGAAGAACUAAGGUGAUGGCCAAGUGUAUCUCUACAAGUGCUGGCCACAGCAGCAGCACCAACGUGCUCAUUGUAGGCGCAGGUGCGGCUGGCUUAGUGUGUGCAGAGACCCUGCGGCAAGAGGGGUUCUCAGACAGGAUCGUCUUGUGCACCCUGGACCGGCACCUCCCCUAUGACCGACCUAAGCUAAGCAAGUCCCUGGACGCCCAGCCAGAGCAGCUGGCCCUGAGGCCCAAGGAGUUUUUCCGAGCCUAUGGUAUCGAGGUGCUCACUGAGGCCCAGGUGGUCACAGUGGAUGUGAGAAACAAGAAGGUUGUGUUCAAGGAUGGCUUCAAGCUGGAGUACAGCAAGCUGCUGCUUGCGCCAGGGAGCAGCCCUAAGACGCUGAGCUGCAAAGGCAAAGAGGUAGAGAACGUGUUCACCAUCCGGACGCCUGAAGAUGCCAAUCGUGUGGUGAGGCUGGCCCGGGGCCGCAACGCGGUGGUCGUGGGAGCUGGCUUCCUGGGGAUGGAAGUGGCCGCCUAUCUGACCGAAAAAGCCCACUCGGUGUCUGUGGUGGAGCUGGAGGAGACACCCUUCAGGAGAUUUUUGGGGGAACGUGUUGGUCGCGCCCUCAUGAAGAUGUUUGAGAACAACCGGGUCAAGUUCUACAUGCAGACAGAGGUGUCAGAGCUGCGGGCCCAGGAGGGAAAGCUGAAGGAGGUCGUGCUGAAGAGCAGCAAGGUUGUGCGGGCUGACGUCUGUGUUGUGGGCAUCGGCGCGGUGCCCGCCACAGGCUUCCUGAGGCAGAGCAGCAUCAAUCUGGAUUCCCGAGGCUUCAUCCCUGUUAACAAGAUGAUGCAGACCAACGUCCCAGGCGUGUUUGCCGCUGGCGAUGCUGUCACUUUCCCCCUGGCCUGGAGGAACAACCGGAAAGUGAAUAUCCCACACUGGCAGAUGGCUCACGCCCAGGGGCGGGUGGCCGCGCAGAACAUGCUGGCGCAGGAGGCGGAGAUCAGCACCGUACCCUACCUGUGGACAGCCAUGUUUGGCAAGAGCCUGCGCUACGCUGGGUACGGAGAAGGCUUCGACGACGUCAUCAUCCAGGGGGAUCUGGAAGAGCUCAAGUUCGUGGCUUUUUACACCAAAGGCGAUGAGGUGAUUGCUGUGGCCAGCAUGAAUUACGAUCCCAUCGUGUCCAAGGUAGCUGAGGUGCUAGCCUCCGGCCGUGCCAUCCGAAAGCGGGAGGUGGAGACCGGCGACAUGUCCUGGCUCACAGGGAAAGGAUCCUGAGCUCGCAUGCAGCAGACUUGGGCAGGCACGCUUGGGCACCAGGGACAGAGGCCAAGCCCUGGGGGCAGGUGCCAACCUCCAAUUUCCCAGGAUCUCCCAGGGCAGAACCUGAGCCUUCCCAGUGCUUGCCUUCGAUUGCCUGGCUCACCUCCAGAGAGGCUUCUGCUGCCUCCAGGAGAUGCUUAUCCCCCAAGGCCUCAGCUGCCACUGAGGGCUGGCAAUGGAGGCAGGACAGGCCUAUCCUCUUCUCCCUCUCUUGAGACCGGUCCCCUGCAGGACCCUGCAAAUUAUUAGAUAUUAUCUUAAAAUUAAAACGCACACAUUUGCAG